AUGACCUAUGCAGUGACGAAAAAUCGCAUGGAAACAUUAAAAGAAAAAUUCGAACAGUGCUCAAAAUUAGAUGCCAAAUUACACGCUUCCGCUGACUCCAAGGAGAAGACCACGCACCCCUACUUCUCAGAUCACGAAUUUGACGAGUGCGAAGAAGCCUACGAGACAGCGUUGGAUUAUUUCGCAGAGGUUGUACAUGAACUCUCCAAAUCAUCAGCUCAUCCUGCAGCUAACGUAAGUCAUUUGCACGACUGUCAGUCUCAUACGACACUCAACCUACCGAAGGUCACAUUGCCGGUCUUCGAUGGAUCGUUCGACAAAUGGGAGAGCUUCCGCGAUCGUUUUCAAUCGAUGAUUAUAGAAGAAAAAAGCCUGUCUAACGUACAAAAAUUGCAUCAUUUAUUCUCGUGUCUAAAAGGCGAAGCGCUCACCGCGAUCGAACAUUUAACGAUUACUUCUGAUAAUUUUGCUGUAGCGUGGACGAUUCUUUCGUCCAAUUUUGAAAACGAGCGUCGGCUAAUCAAUUCGUAUAUACAUCGCUUAUUUACAUUGCCCAAUGUCACGGCGAAAUCGGCGACCGAACUUCGAGCUCUACAGAGCAAAUUAACUGCCGCAAUUGCCGCGUUAAAAAAUUUGUCUCGUCCGGUCGAACACUGGAGCGAUAUUUUUGUUUAUAUUAUCACACAAAGACUCGACAAAUCCUUGCGCGAAGCGUGGGAAUUGAAGUUAGGAAAAACAACCGUCUAUCCUACGUUUGACGAAAUUAGCGCGUUCUUGGAUUCUCGUAUUCGCGCUCUCGACGCCCUUGUACCGAUCGCUUCGACACUCGAUAAACAAAGCGAUAAAUCAAACGCGAAAUUAAAACAAAGGGCUGUCACUUUGCAUACAACAAGCGCCACGAAACUUUCGUGUCCCGUGUGCGAAUCGAAUCAUUUGUUAUAUCAAUGUACCGCGUUCCUCGGAAAAACGCCGACUCAGCGAUACGAAAUUAUUCGUAACGGCAAGCGUUGCCUUAAUUGUCUCAGUUCGAAGCAUCAAGCAAAGAAUGCCCGAGUACCCGCUCGUGUAAAGAAUGUCACAAAAGGCAUCACACGCUUUUACAUUUUUUUGACGCUCCGAAAUCAGCUGUUCAAGCGUCAUCGUCUCCCGCGUCAACAAAUCCCGUCAUCUCGACAAGUGACGUUUCCUCGCAUAUCGUUGCGAAAGCUGUAA